UUUUGUUUGCUCAUUUGGCCGCAGCGCGCGCGCAGGUCAAGCCGAAUUCAUAAACUAUAAGCGUAGAAAUCUUAAGUUUUCUUAUUAGCUCCUAAUUAUAAACAAACCUAAAUGUAAACUAUAAACGAGUGUACGAAAAAUAUGCUAAAAUAACGCAAUAAUGGUGAAUUAGAGAGAAAUAUCAAAAUGUUUCGAUUAAGAAAAAAAUCAACAGUGUCAGUGAUUUUAAUUUUAGUUUUUCAAAAUCUUUUUAUCAAAAGUGAUAUAUUAUUUUAUUUACUAUGGUGCAUUGUUAUACUAAGAUUAUUGAUGCAUCUGCUAACAUACGAUUAUGACUAUUGGGAAAAGCGAGGAAUAUUUUCACCCCCGGCAUUGCCUUUCGUCGGACAUAUAGCAACUGUGGCUACUAUGAAGGAACAAGGCGGCAUGUGUUUUAAGAGGAUUUAUGAUGAACAUAAAGAGAAACGAUUUUUUGGUACCCACCAGUUCUACCAAAGAACUUUAGUUGUCUGUGACCCAGAUAUAAUCAAACGUAUGUGUUGCAACGAUUUCUACCACUUCACGGAUAGAGGGUUCUUUUUCAACAAGUAUACGGACCCUUUGGCUGAAUCCGUACUUUUUUUGCGAGGAAGCGAAUGGAAAAGGUUACGAGCAAAGAUAUCACCCAUUUUCUCACCAAAUAAACUUCGAGGAAUGUUUCCUAUUUUAGAGAACACGGCUAAUGAAUUCGUUGAGCGAGUAAGAAAACUGACUAAACAAGAUAACAUUGAACAUAAUGAAAAUCAAAACACAAAUUCAAGUAAUAAAACUAAAGAAGUAAUCGAUGGUAACAAUAACUCAACUAUUGAGGAUUUAAUAAAUUUAAAUGGCGAUAUAAAAGGAAUAGAACAGAAGAAGACAACAAAGAGUUCACGUUCGAGUGAGGAUAAUAAAAUAAUUAAUACCAAAAAAAACCGUAUAAAAGUGGAUGCAGAGAAAUUAGUAGGAGGAUACACGGCCGAUGCGAUCGUACCGUGUGCGUUCGGUCUUAAAAGCAAUGUCAUGUAUAAUUCAAAGGAUCCAUUCGCAGUAGCCUUGCACGCCUUUUAUGAAAUGAGCUGGUUUAAUAUUUUUGAAAAAACAAUGCGUCAAUUUUGGCCAGCGUUUGUGUUAUUUUUCAAAAUUCGCAUAAUCCCAAAGAAGACCCACGACUUCUUCUACAACAUUGUGACUAAGGUGUUGAGGGACAGGUCUAGUGGGGUACAGGAGAAGAGAGGAGAUUUCAUCGACAUGAUGAUGGCACUUCAGAGUGAUGAAAAGUGCGAUGAUGAAAAUGAUUAUAAAAUAACUGACAUGAUUAUAUCGGCCAACGCGUUCAUAAUUUUCCUCGGAGGUUUCGAGACAACCUCUUCCACUCUUGCUUUUCUCUUUCUUGAGCUCGCAGCGCACCCAGAAGUUCAAGAGAAGAUGCGAAAAGAGAUAAGAGAAGUUGUGGAGAGAAAUGGGGGACUCACGUAUGAGGCAUUGCAAGAUUUGACUUACAUGGAGAUGGUCAUUCAAGAGACAUUACGGUUGUACCCGCCAUUUCCGACUAUUCAGCGGAUGUGUACCAAAGACUACACAAUUCCAGAGACAAGCGCAGUUGUGGAACAGGGAACCAUAGUCUUAUUUCCCACACUUGGCGUACAGAGAGAUGAGCAGUAUUUUGAAAAUGCAUCUCAAUUCAUCCCGGAACGAUGGUCGGAAGGAAAGUCUGCUCCUCGACCUGGUGUCUACAUGCCCUUUGGGGAUGGACCUAGAUAUUGUAUUGGUAAAAGAUUUGCAAUAAUUCAAAUGAAGUGUUGCCUAGCGAGAUUGCUGCCCCAAAUUCUUAUUAAACCAGUUGGGGAUCACAUCCGCACCCAGCCGUUUAUUGCUGAUCCCUUAUGCCCCAUGACCCUACACCCCGCAGACUCGAGGGUCAUUAUUACAAGCUUAUGACAGUAUUAUGUAAAUUUUGUACAGAUACCGGCAAACUUGUUGAGCAUUAAACAAAGGAGUGGGGGAAAGUUUGCGCAUCGUAUUGUCAUCUGAUUUACCAAUCAUGAUAUGACACGUCACUCUCCCGCCCCCCUACCCUCCCAGUGACACCUAAAAAUCGCUUCUGCGCAGGCAAGGACAUUUGUUCAAGAUGUUUGCUGGUAUCAUUAACAUAUGUUAAUUGUAAAAUAUUGUGAAUCAAAUUUAGGUUUACAUUUUUUCGAUGAAGUUUGAAAUUGAUAGCUACGUUUUAUAGCUCAGUAUUUUAAAUCCUUAGGGCCUGUUUCACAAUGUAUGGAUAAAGUGCCAAAUAGCUAUGCAACACAUAAAUUAUUCGAAAGAUAAAAGUUCCGAAUAAGAUACUUGGCAUUUCAUGACAAAUAGCGCUAUCUGACAGUCGAAAACGCAAAAAUACUGUUUAUCCUACAAAUAAGUAACAAAUAGCUUAUUUGGAACUUAUCCGGACAUUGUGAAACAGGCCCUAAGUCUAAUAUAUCUGUUGAGUGACAGCCAUUUCUCUAAUUGACAUAAAUUUUCGACACUACAUUUUUCUUUGAGAUUAGUUUAAUUGACGACAUAGAUUUUUUUACUGUGUAUUAAGGGAAAUGUGCAAAGUGAAGAAAAUAAUAUAUUAGGUACGUUAAAAAUUUCGACGAGUCUGUCGUCGUUUUAAGUAUUUUUAAGAGUAAUUUUAUGAGUAAUAUAAGUACUGCGUUUUAGUUUGAUGGUUACCAAAUAAAUAUUUUUA